CUUGAACACAGGAGGGAACCGCUGAGCACACAGUACAUGACAGCUACUCCUGACCAACUGGGUGACUUAGUAGAAGUGGAAUUGUAUCAACUGAAUGUACAUAUUCGUUCUUAACGAAAAAACGGCAGGUCAAGAACAACUGUGCUUAAACCGAAAGGAUGUUGGUCACCAUAAGAUAAUGAAGCGCUGGACUGUAGUGAUAUGUGCGAUCGUUGUUGCAGUACUAUGCUGGCACCCUGUUGGGCAUGUGUGUUGUUCUGAGCAGAGGCUGGCAGCCCUCCAGGCCCAGGGCCAACCCACACAGGACACCAGUAGACCGCAGGACCCCUCAGACCAGGCAGACACAGGACAGACGGUUGAGUUGUCCACUGCCCAGGAGACGGUCAGCCCGUCUGAACCCAGCGUACUGACAGAAGGCGGCCAUGUGGAGGAGGAAGCAUGGACUCUGGAUCACGCAGAGACUGGGAACUUAAAGCAGACCACAGAGGUGAUGGUAAGGGCAGACGAGCCCGUGCUGGAGUGGGAGGUGGUGGCUGACCCCAAGCAGGACUUGGAGCCUCCUGUCCCUGAGCCCCAGGGCCAUACUGAGCACCAGCAGCAGCAGCAGCAGCAGCAGCAGCAUUAUUCCACAGCCACCAGUGAGCCUGCCAUGGCCUUGCCUGCCUCUCCCAGCAUCAACCCGGAUGGCAAAGCGUCUCCCAGCUCUCCUACCGCAUUAGAAUCAGCUGCCGAUAGUGCCAUAGAGUCCUUAGUGGCUGACCCCUCCACUCCUCCAGUGUCCAGCACAGACUCUCCCCCAACUGACUGUGAGGCAAUAGAAAGACCCUCUUAUAGUGAUGUGUUGACAGAUCUUCCAGUGCUGGAGAACACCAGUACACCAGGAGGAGGGAAGGGGACCAGUACCAAGGUGGAUGCCUCAGCCGUGCAAUCGGGCCAGGGCAGCAACACCUCCUCCCACCUGCAGAAAGACAAGGGCAUGGGCGGACAGAUUGCCAAGGAAGUGGACUCUUCGGCAGCAACCAAGGACCCGGAGGACAUCCCCACUUUUGAUGAGUGGAAGAAGAAGAUGAUGGAAGUAGAGAUAGAGAAAAGUCAGACCACACACACAUCCUCUAAUGGGGCAACACACGUGGCAAAGAAGGUCCAAAAUAACUUGAACAACUACGCAUCGGUAGAAUGUGGGGCCAAGAUUUUAUCAGCAAACCCUGAAGCCAAGAGCACCUCUGCCAUUCUAAUGGAGAACAUGGACCUGUACAUGCUGAAUCCCUGCAGCAACAAGAUCUGGUUUGUUAUUGAGCUCUGUGAGCCCAUUCAGGUGAAGAAACUUGACAUUGCCAACUUUGAACUCUUCUCCUCCACACCCAAGGACUUCCUGGUGUCCAUCAGUGACAGGUACCCAACGAAUAAGUGGGUCAAGCUGGGUACAUUCCAUGGCCAUGAUGAACGCACAAUCCAGAGCUUUCCACUGGAUGAACAUCUCUUUGCCAAAUAUGUCAAGAUGUUCACCAAGUACAUAAAGGUGGAGCUGCUCUCUCACUUUGGCUCGGAGCACUUCUGUCCUCUCAGCCUCAUCAGGGUAUUUGGCACCAGCAUGGUGGAGGAAUAUGAGGAUGAGAUUUCGGAUCCUUUAGAGAGAACCGACAUCGUGGAUGAUGAUGAGGAUUACCCUCCUGGGUAUGUGCCAUCAGAGGCUAAAUCAUCUAAUAACAUUAUUGGAUCUGCAAAGGAUGCCAUCCUGAACAUGGUCAACAAUAUCGCAGACAAAGUGCUAGGAGGCAGCCCAGACGGAAGAGAUGGUAAUGGCACUGCAUCAGCUGUGAACGAGUCUGGUUCAGCUCCAGCUGCCCAGAUCUCCCCUACUACUGCAUCCUCCUCUCCUCAAAUUGAGACCACUGAGGUCAGUGAAACAGGCAUGAAAGAGCUUCCCACAACCUCCACACAAGAGACCCCCACAGAAGAGGCCCUCACACCAGAGGAGACCGCAGCCCUUCAGCCCUCCACUCCGGUCAUAUCCACGCCAGCCCCCUCUGAGGUCAACCCGAUCGUCAUCUUGCUGCCCGCAGACGACCUUGACCCGUCAGGAGGUCCAGGUACAGACAGCGAAGACAGUGGGGUGCUGAGGGAAGCCACAUCUUGGGAGCACACAGACGCACGUUUGCAAGAGAGCUCCAUCUACUGUGAAGAGUAUCCAUCCUCCUCCUCCUGCUGUUUGGCCUCCCUGCAGGAGCAUCUCCUGAAGCAGUGCUCGGCAUUGUUGGCCCUGCGGAGGUUGCGCAAGAGGACCACUGAGCGACUCUCGGAUGCCUCCACAUCAUCAUCAUCAUCUUCUUCUGAGCAGCAGAGUGUCUCCCCCACCUCUCCCAGCCUGCAGGAGGACUCCAAGCCCACUAAAGACCUUUCCUCUUCCCCCAUUGAGGAGUCAUCCCCUCCUGAACAGCCUCCGACUGUCCCUGUGGUUCAGCCCGUGGUUGACCCGCUGGGUCUUGCGCCCAGCCUGGCCCCGUCGCUCUCCGAAGCCUUCUCCUCCGACCCGCCCUCUCACAAAGCCACCCCCGCCAUAGAUCUGAGUGAGUCUUCGGUCUCGGACACCCGAGCUGAGGGCAGCGAGGAGACGGAGGUCCACAGGAGGAGGACCCCUGCGCCCUCGUCCACCGCCUCCUCAUCCCUCUCCGCCACCACCACUGUCCAAGAGGACGUUAGCUCCGGAGAGGACACGACCAUGGGGCCUGCAGAGGUGGACCAGCCUGGUGCAGAGCCAAAAGUUUCCUCUCCUGCCCCCAGCGGUGAUGUAUUGGAGCAGGCUGCCUCCCUACCAGCACAGCCCUCCGCCAGCACAGAGCCACCUUCCCACCCAGGCCCCGAGGACCACCCCCCGGGGGUCCCAGAGGAGCUCCCACCCUCACCCCCCUCCACGGAGGCCUCGGAUGGGCUGGUGGCCACCGGAGAGCCCAGGCUGGAGGACCUCUUGGAGGAGGCGAUGCUGGGGGGGUCGGCCGGCAUGGGCCAGCUGCCGGUCUCUGGUACUCCCUCCUCCUCGCUGGAGAUGCUCUCGGAGAUGGUGAAUGCCACAGAAGUGGCCGGCGGGGGCAGUGGCCAGGGGCACGGCUCUGGCCAGAAGGAGUCUGUGUUCAUGCGGCUCAACAACCGUAUCAAAGCCUUGGAGAUGAACAUGUCUCUCAGCGGCCGCUACCUGGAGCAGCUUAGCCAGAGGUAUCGUAAGCAAAUGGAAGAAAUGCAGAAGGCUUUCAACAAGACCAUCAUCAAGCUCCAGAACACCUCCAAGGUCGCUGAUGAGCAGGACCAGAAGCAGACGGAGUCCAUCCUGACCCUCCAGGGCCAGCUGGAGAACGUCACUGAGCUGGUGCUCAACCUGUCUGUCAGAAUCAGCCAGCUGCAGACAGAGGUGUCAGACAGGCAGAGUUACCUGCUGCUGUGCCUGGUGCUGUGUCUGCUGUUGGGCCUGGUCCUCUUCAUCAACCACUGCCGUCUGGCCUCCAUCCCUCCCACCGCCCAGCCCGACCUCACCCACACCAGCAGCUACACCUACUGCUGCCCCGAGGGGUCUGUGCCUGGCUGUGAUGACCUGGGGCUGAAGAGGAGCGCGUCCUACCCUCUCCUCCAGCGGGCCUUCCAGAUCCCCACCACAGAAGGGCCAGCUGACGCUUACAAUGUAGAAACUUCCAGAAAUCCCCUCUUGAAUAAAAAGCAGAAGAAGCGCUGUAAAAAGAAGGUCGAGACGCUAAGUGCCGUCGUGGUCCCCAGCGCCGCCCUGCCACUGGCUAACGGAGGACCCCAGGGUGGACUCCAGCCCCCCGUGGCGCUCCGGGACGGCCAGUCCGAGGGCAGCUCGGAGGGCUCGUCGCACUCAGACGAGCCGUCCUUCUGCGGCGUGGCCGCCUCCUGCCGGCGCCUGUGCGACAGCCUGCCGCCGCAGGGCCGGACACGGGCCGAGCGGCGGGCCUACAAGCGGCGGCGCUCCAAACCGACCGGCUCCAGCGGCGUGGUGGAGCUGCUGCAGGCCCCGCGGCGGCGGAGUGACCCCGUGCUCUCCGGAGGCACCGGGAUGACCUCCCUGCAGGACCUGAUGAAGGGCAAGAAGGAGAUGAGCGCGGGGACCCUGGGGGCCAUGGCCAUCUCUGGGCCAACUUGACAUUGCUCACCAGGCCCAGCAGGGGGCGCUGUGGCACCAGUGCCUGUGCACUGGGAGCUGGAAAGAGGCCUUGUGAAAAGCAGCUCCUGUGGACUUAAGUCUCAUGCACAGGGAAAGGUGGGGAGCUGACCCCUGCCCUGCUUAAAGCACUUCAAAUGGGACGCUGCUCAUGCUACCACUAUCCUACUCCCUAGUAAUUGUAAAAACAAAUUGCACCUUACUCACCUGAGUCCAGGUGUAGAUGUUUUAGGGCUAAUAUUGAUGAGGUGUUCUGUUUUCCUCGCAAAUGCAGGAAAAUGGUACACCAGGUUUGACCUGUCAGUCUAGAGGUAUGUUCAGGUAUAGAAACUGUGAGGGUCAUUUGUGAAGACUGGCGACUGUUGGUAGCUGCUGCUCUUGUCACUAAUCAGCUGCCAAUGUGACAAUCACUGAUGCCACAGACAUUUCAUUCAUCAAGUUGUAUGAAGCAGCUAUCAGUUUCCAUUGUAGGUGUACAAUGUAGAAAAGGACAAUCACUUUGGGCUUUUAGUCAGUAGUUUACCAGUCAUGCCUUUAACCAGAUUUAACCAUAAAGCAUAAUGUCCGGUUUGCUGUAUAAAGACACUGAACCAUAAAACAUUUUUUUUGUUUUUUUCUAUUUAUUUAUUUUUAAACCUAUUUUGCCAGAGGUGAUUUUUCCAGAUAACCUAUUCUUCCAUGGCUUUGUAAUAUUUUCAUGAUGGUCAUUCACUGUAUUAAAUCUGGGCACCUAAAAGGUACCCAACAUGCAGUCUGA